CCGCCCUUCGUGGAAGAUGGCUUCCCGCGCGGGACCCCGCGCCACGGGGACGGAUGGCAGCGAUUUCCGACACCGGGAGCGUGUGGCCGAGCAUUUCCAGAUGAGUGUGUCCCUCAAGUCUGAGAUUAAGAAGCUGAUCUACAUGCAAGUGGCGCUGUGGCUGCUGGUAGCGGCGCAGAUGUGUGUCGCUCACUUCAAGUUGCUGCCCCACGACCAGGUGGCCAUGCCCUACCAGUGGGAGUACCCGUACUUGCUCAGCAUCAUCCCUUCGCUCUUCGGCCUCUUCUCCUUCCCCCGAAACAACAUCAGCUACCUGGUGAUCUCCAUGAUCAGUACGGGCCUCUUCUCGGUGGCGCCUCUCAUCUACGGCAGCAUGGAGAUGUUCCCCAUGGCCCAGCAGCUCUAUCGCCACGGCAAGGCCUACCGCUUCAUCUUUGGCUUCUCCGCCGUCUCGGUCAUGUACUUGCUGGUGGUGAUCGCCGUGCAGGUCCACGGCUGGCAGCUUUAUUACAGCAAGAAGCUGCUGGACUCCUGGUUCACCAGCACACAGGAGAAGAAGAAGAAAUGAAGAACCGGCUCGGAGCUGCAUGUAUGUGGGACACCGUCUCGGGGCUGGGAGCUGGAGGUGCCAGACUCAGGCGAAGGCAGAAUGGGUUUCUUUGUCAUCCCCACCCAGUGGCUAGGGUGAUGCCAGAGGUCCUGUGCAUGCCGAGUGAGAGUUGAGCCCAUACCUUGGCAUCUUCCAGCUAGGCCUGGGAGAAGCACAGUAUGGACAACUUUCCUUGGGAGGGAUUGAAGGGUUCUUCGGUCUUAAGGAGAGGCAGCCGAUGCUGUCAGGUAACAUGCUGUCCUCAUGCAGCUGAAAGUGCUGGGAGAUCACGAUAAGUGGGUGGGAUGCCAGACCGCGCAAAGGCAUCUUCAAGUUUAAGAGACUGAUUGUCUUUAGCUGUGCUGUAGCCUGUGAGAUACUAGUUGGGUGGGACCAUAUUUCAUGUUGAGGCUGGGAUACCUUGCCAGUGCUCAUCCCGGAACUCUCAACAGGGAUCGCUCAAGGCCUGCAGUGAGAGACAUGCCCCUGUGCCGUGAUUCUCCCCACCCCAGGGAUGGGCCACUUUGCUGUGGGAGAAGAAGACCUCUUGAGCUGCUGAUUUUAGCCAGGAAGAAAGUGGCUUCCAGCUGGAUGUCAUCCAUGCUGUGCUUUUUCCUCUUUGCUCGCCCACAGAGGACCGGUCUGUGGGACUGGGGCCACGUCUCUGAACCUGACCCACUUUGCAUCCUCAGGCAGACCCUCGCGGCUUUAGGACUCCGUCCCUGUUCAAAAGUUCCCUUUUCCUCAGGCAGCAGAGUCCCCACCCCCAUCCCGAGACAGCGGCUACCUUCUCCUCCUCUUUCCCAGGCGCUGAAUUUCAGCAUCCCCUCCUAUGUGCUUCAGUACCAAAUAAAGAGCUGAACUGGA